AAAUUUAUAUCUUGAAAGGACAGUCAGUUUUUUUAUUAGUUGACAUAUCGGCAAAAAAUGAGCAAAAACUUUGGAUUCAACUAUAAGUGGAAAAACAGGGAUAGGAUAACCUGGGAAACAGAUAUCGACAAAAUAGAUGGAAAAUACGAGUAUGACUACGAAGAGCCGAUAGUCGAUCCAAGAUAUUACAGAUAUCUUAAAGGAAACAUCAAUUUGCCGAAUAGAUCGCUUGUCGACCGGUUGAGACACAAAAACCCGACAAUUUAUGGCCGCUCCAGAGAGGGUCGUCGACUGUAUGGACCGGCAAAUAUUUCAGAUUUGGGAAUGCCUACAAACUUUAACUUUAAGCGCGAAUGGACAGCAGACAAAAAACUAAUUGAAAAGACACUGAACCUAAAAUUUGAACAGAUGUUAGGUGAGGGUGGUUUUGGUCAGGUAUGGCGAGUCCGGGCGGUCGCCAACAGAAAUAUCUAUGCGGCUAAAGUACUGGAGCUUAGGCGAUUUGCCAAAGAUAAAAGUGCAAACGUACGCGAGUCUAUGAAACAGAUGCUUCUGGAAGUGGACGUCGUACGUGGACUUCAGCACCCAAACCUUACGCGUAUUGAACUUGUAGUGCACGUGCGGGACGCGCUCACCAAUUUUCCGUCGGCUUUUGUAGUCAUUUUUAUGGAGCUGUGCGAUGGUUCGCUCGAAGACUACCUAUACUAUCGACAGAAUCAGCAAAUGACUGAACGGGAAGCCCACGUAUGGUUUGUCCAGAUUAUAGCCGGUUUGAAGUAUUUGCACGACAAUCGUGUGGCCCAUAUGGACAUCAAGCCGGAGAACAUACUUGUUAAACUGGAUACGCAAACAGUAUACAAGUUGGCCGACAUGGGAUUGGCGGUAACCUAUCAGCCUAAUGACCCAAUGGUGACCGACAUUGCGCGCGGAACUCGCGGCUUUUUUGCACCGGAAUUGCUUAAUCAGGACGCGUCGUCCAUACGCCAGCUGUUAGGUUUGGCCUAUCGGUACAGAGCAACCAAAUGUGAUGUUUAUUCUUUAGGCAUAACACUGGCCGUGUCAUUGGGCGGCGGCUCCAGAUUUUACCACUAUAUGAAGCCUCCAAAAGGAAUGAUACUGAAUCUGAACAGAUAUAUGAAAGACACACUCAUCAAACCGGACGGUAGUUUCAGUGAAACGGAUAACGUUAUUACACUGUUGAAAGGUAUGUGUGCAGUGAAUCCGGCAAAUAGAUUCACCAUUGAUCAGGUAUUUGAACACAAUUGGAUCUCUCAAUGGAAAUGAUAUAUAUAUGGGAACAAUAACAACAUAAAGGCAAAUGA